CCGGAGCGGGCAGACAUGCUGGCGAGGUCUCAGCCAUAUUUUAGAUCUUUUUUUUUUUAAUCCUCCGAGGAACCAAUUUUUUUUUUUUCCUGUUCAGGAAUGAUCACAGAAUGAUUUUUUUUCUUCAAUGAACGGGAUUUUCAUUUGGACGGACAAGUUUUGAUUGCUGUACUUUUAUUGAAAACGCAAACACUUGAAUGCGUGAACGCGUGGGGAAAAGUUGCUUGUAACUGGAUUUGUUUAGUUUUUUGUCCCUCACUUUCACUUUCGGAAUAAGAGAAUGCUAUCCGAACUGUUGCCUCUGUUCUACCUGCUCAGCCCGGUUCUGAGCCAGGAUGCCCCAGCCGGAGCCACAGGUCGCCGCUUCGUUUGCAACGCCAUCCCGCCGGGCGCAGAACCCGGCUGCGGCUACGGUCCGACCGGCAACCGUUUGCAGACAAGCGGCCCAGCCGAGGACGAGCUGCGGAACACCAUCAUCCAACUCCGGGAGACCAUCCUGCAGCAGAAGGAGACCAUCGUCAGCCAACAGGGGACUAUCAAGGAGCUCAACUCUAAGCUGGCGCGCUGCGAGGCGGCGGCCGACGACUCGGUGCCGCCGGGCAAGUCGCGGGGGCAGGGUUCCAGGAGGAAGGACAACGGCAAGAACACUAUGGGGGACUUGCCCCGGGACCCCAGUGAAACCAUCAACCAGCUUGGCAAGACAAUGCAAAGUCUGAAGGGACGCCUGGAGAGCUUGGAGCAACAGAGUUUGCAACUCCCAAACACAAAUGCGUCAGCCGGAAGUGUUCCGGCCCUGACUCCUUUGCCACCGCAGCUUCGGGAGCUCCUGGGCCAGCGUCUGGGGGUUCUGGAGACGCAGCUCCUGCGAAAGGUGGCCGAGUUGGAGGAAGAGAAAAGCCAGCUUUACAACGAAACGGCGGCCCAUCGCCAACGCACUGAAAAUGUGCUGAAUUCACUCCUGGAGAGGAUCACAGAGCUGGAGAAAAACAACAAUGCCUUCAAGUCUCCUGAGGAUUUCAAGGUAUCCCUGUCCCUGCGCACCAACUACCUGUACGGGCGCAUCAAGAAGGCCCUCCCCGAAAUGUACGCCUUCACCGUGUGCAUGUGGCUCAAGUCUAGCGCCAGCCCCGGCAUCGGAACCCCCUUCUCGUACGGAGUGCCAGGCCAGGCUAACGAGAUUGUGCUUAUUGAAUGGGGGAACAACCCUAUUGAGUUGCUGGUUAACGAUAAGGUGGCCCAGCUUCCUCUUUCGGUGAGUGACGGGCGCUGGCACCACAUCUGUGUCACCUGGACUACCAGGGACGGCUUCUGGGAGGCCUACCAGGACGGCGAGCGACUCGGCACUGGGGACAACCUGGCCCCCUGGCACCCAAUUAAACCCGGCGGGGUGAUCAUUCUGGGUCAGGAGCAGGACAUCGUCGGAGGCCGUUUCGACGCCACCCAGGCCUUCGUGGGCGAGCUGAGCCAAUUCAACAUGUGGGACCGAGUACUCCGGCCCGUGGACAUCGUGGGCUUGGCCAACUGCUCGGCAUACAUGCCCGGCAACGUGGUCCCUUGGAUCGACGCCAACGUGGAAGUGUUCGGCGGAGCCACCAAAGCUCCUCUGGAGAUUUGUGAGGACCGCGCCUUUGAUUCUUAACGCCACGGGGUUCGUCGCAUUGGAGAAAGCCAAGUAUCCUUGUUCAUUGCCCAAAAGCAAAGGAGGACUCGCGUACCGAUACGGUGCGGUCACUCCAAGAUUCACAUGUGUUGGCUUCAACGUGCGUCCGUCCGGUUUUCAUCGUGGAGAAGACGUCACUCUUGUGACCGUGAGGGGAAGAUAUGAUGUCGUUGACAUUCGGGGCCUGAUUUACUUCAGUCUUAUAUUGUAUUAAAACAACCACUUGAUAAAAAUACGCUGUUCGUUGGCUGCUCAUGCCGGUGAUAAACGUCAGUGGCACGGAAAUAUGAUUAUUCAUUGCCAGCCCACUAGGGAUGUAAAUCACCACAAUAUUUGCCGAUAUUACAAAGUCUGCCACAAUAAGAUUCGAUUCAAUGGCCUUCGAUCAUAAGCUGAUUUUAAGGGGGGGGGCAGGCCCCCCUGGUGGCCGAAAAGUGUCAUUUCAUGAAAUUGACUUACAGUUGUGGUCAAAAGUUUACAUACACUUGUGAAGAACAUAAUGUCAUGGCUCUCUUGAGUUUCCAGUUAUUUCUACAACUCUGAUUUUUCUCCG